AAUGGAGCCUCCCACCGGCGAAAGAUUGGCCGCACGCACUCUCCCCCAUCCCCAUCUCACUCCCUCUACCGUCGCCGGACGCCGACCAUAUCGAUCGCUCUCUCCGUGGCUGCAAGCAUCGCCACUCUCUCUGACUUCUCGGAGGUGACUCCGUCCUCUUUUCUCUACGCUUUCGGGGCUUACACAGUGACGGAUCAAUGGAGAAGAGAGGGAGGGUUGCUGUUGUGGUUCUUGGCGACAUCGGUCGUAGUCCCCGAAUGCAAUACCACGCCCUUUCUCUUGCCCAACAGGCACAUUUAGAGGUGGACAUUGUUGCAAAUGGAGGUAGCGAUCCUCAUAUGGCUGUUAAAGAGAACCAAUCAAUCCAUCUUCACAUAAUGACAUCAGUAAACCUCCAGGGACUAUCAAAGAUUUCAAGUCCAUUGGCACUUUUACUUAAGGCUGCAGUGCACUUUAUUAUUUUAGUUUGGUUUCUUUGUCUUAAGAUUCCUCGUCCAGAUGUUUUUGUUGUGCAGAAUCCACCAUCUGUUCCCACAUUAGCUGCUGUUAAACUGUCUAGCUGGCUAAGGCGGUCUACAUUUAUCAUCGAUUGGCACAAUUUUGGAUAUACUUUACUUGGAUUAUCUCACGGGAGAGGUCAUAUAAUAGUGAAAAUCUACCACUGGUUUGAAAAGUACUUUGGGAGGAUGGCUGAUGGUUCUUUGUGUGUUACAAAGGCAAUGCAACAUGAACUUGCUCAAAAUUGGGGAAUCAAAGCAACAGUUCUCUAUGAUGAGCCUCCUGAGUUUUUCCAUCCUGCUUCACUCGAGGAGAAGCAUGAGUUGUUUUCCAGGUUGGAGAACAACAUCUGUCAUCCAAAUGGCAUUCGUGAUUGUGUUACUACUGGUAAUAUUUCUCAAAGAGGCCCAGAGAGUGGUGCUGCCAUUCAUUGGUUGGAUCAAUCUAGCGAUACUCUCUUUAGUACUCAAAUUGGCAAUGAGAUUUUCUUAAAAGCAAGCAGGCCUGCCCUUGUUGUUAGCAGUACAAGCUGGACACCAGAUGAAGAUUUUGGCAUACUUCUAGAAGCAGCAGUUAUGUAUGAUAGGCGUGUUGCUGCAGCCUUAAAUGAGGAUGAUUCAGUUGAGGAAGAAAAGAUUUGGACAGACAUCAGCAAUGGGAAACAAUACUUAUACCCUAGAUUGCUGUUCAUUAUCACUGGUAAAGGGCCUGAAAGAAGAAAAUACGAGGAGCAGAUAAAGAAGUUAAACUUGCGACGUGUGGCCUUCCGAACAAUGUGGCUGUUAGCUGAGGAUUAUCCAUUAUUACUUGGAUCAGCAGAUCUAGGUGUAUCAUUGCAUACUUCCUCAUCUGGUUUGGACCUUCCAAUGAAGGUAGUUGAUAUGUUUGGAUGUGGGCUGCCUGUUUGUGCGGUUUCCUUCUCAUGCAUCACUGAACUUGUAGAAGUUGAGAAAAAUGGACUUCUCUUUUCGACAUCAUCUGAGCUAGCGGAUGAAUUUAUGAUGCUUUUCAAAGGCUUUCCAGAGAGAUGUGAUACAUUAAACUCUUUGAGGGAUGGUGCCUUGGCUACAGCGUCCUCUGCAAGGUGGUCUACUGAAUGGGAAACACAUGCAUUGCCACUAAUAAGUGAGCUCAUCUCAGGGAAACAAAGAUGAUAAUUGAUGGAGAUUGAGAACAUUCUGAAACAACCUGGAUGCCUUGGUGUAAAUGAAACCGAAUAUUUUGCAUGGCCUUGCUGCCAGGAGAUGGUGAGCCAAAUCUGAGUGGGAAGUUAUAUGGUUAGGCGGAAUAUGCUUUUGAAUUUUUGCUAUUUGGGCUACAAGUGAAACCAGUUACAAGGGACUUAAGAUUUCAAGUCCACAGGCACAGGUCAUGGAUGCUCAAGUGUUGAUAAUAUGUUUAGUGGUGGUGACGAUGUGAUAUAUCAUGGGAUAUCAAGUUUCUUGUGAGGUUUUUUUUAAUUCUCUGGAUUCCCCUUUUUUCAUAUAAACUGAGUGGUUUGAUGCCAAGAGAUGACUCACCAAGCUGACUUUCCUGUAAUCUAAUGUCAUCUUUUUCACCUUUGAAGAAAAUCUUUUGCAAAAUGUUAUCAUUCAGUAGUUACAUAAUUGUGUUAGGGGUGAAUUUUGCAAUGGAUCAAGCUAGAGUUUCACCUGUA